AUGGUUGUUGACUUUGCAUUAUAUAAACGAUAUAGGAAACAGACUCAAAGCCAACAUAACAUUAAAGACAUGGGAUGUUUUUGCUACAGAGGCAGAAAGAAAAGAGGCGUUAACAAAUAUAAGAGCAAUGAACGAUUUCAAGGUACACAUACGAGUAGCCAUGUUCAACAACUUCAUGCAUCCAAAGGAAUCGCCAGCAGAGUAAGGGGUGCCAAAGACGGUGACAUGGUUAUUUUGACAGGUGCUGCUACUGCAGCAACAACCACAACUUGGGAUGGAAAUCAUGGAUGUGGCGGUGGUGGACACUCCCAUGGACAUGGAAGUGGUGGCGGUGGUGGUGGAUGUGGUGGUGGUGGUGGAGGAGGAUGCGGAGGUGGUGGAGGAUACAGUCCAGCAUUUAGAAGUGGCGGUGGUGGCGGCGGCGGUGGUGGUUUUGCUCACCACAAUCACCAUCAUUUGCAUAAUGGAAUGAUGGGUGGGAUUAUGGGGAGCACUGCUGCCAGUGGAAUUGGUGGAGGUGGUGGUGGAGGAGGAAUGCUCAAAUCUGUUCUUGAAUUUAGAGAGAGAAUUGACACUGAUCCUUGCGAGAAUAAUUUUGGCUUAACAACGACGAGGUGUUGUUGA